AUGACCAAUUUCUCAAACGAGAAAACAGGGUACAACGCCGCUGGGGCCGACCAGUCUUUAAGUUCCGAUGAUGAUUUGGCAUGGACAGAAGAGGAAGAACUGAAGGCGAGGAGGAAAGUCGACUCUUCCGUACUACCGUUGCUCUUUCUUGGACUUCUAGUCUUUCAACUCGACCGUAUGAACUUGGCCAGCGCUCUAACAGCCGGGUUUGCGAACAACAUACACAUCAAUCAGUCCACGAUCAAUCUGGGUAACCAAUUGAUGUUUAUGGGAAUCGUAGUUCUGGAAAUACCCUUCAAUCUGAUACUGCAAAGACUUGGACCACGAAAAUGGAUCUCAGCUCAGGUCUGCCUGUUCGGAUUUGUCGCCAUCAUGCAGGUUUUUGUGAAAAGCCGUGCCGGAUUCCUGGCUUCGCGGCUGUUUCUGGGGUUUGCUGAAGCUGGCUACAUACCAGGAGCUUCGUACACUUUGUCAUGCUGGUAUACCAAGCGUGAACUUGCAAAGCGGAUUGCGAUCUUGUUUUUUGGGAUGUUCGGCGGAAAUGCAUUGAGCCCAAUACUGGCUACGGGAAUCCUCAAACUGGCUGGCCACGGCGGGCUCAAUGGGUGGCAAUGGCUCUUCCUACGCAAGUGCCCUGUCUAUCAUUUAGAUACUUCCAUGCUGUUUUUGCUCUUGCCCGGCUCGCCUGAAACACCACGGCCACUGUUGAGCCCCGGUCUCGUGCAUUUCUCCAAGACCGACCGAUCGAUCUUGAAAAGGCGGCUCGAGUUGGACAGUCCCGAAAGGAAUGGAGCAGACGGUGCGCGGAUAUCGUUCACAGUAGUCUGGAAGACAAUUAUGCACUACAAACGUUGGCCGCACUAUGUCUCCACGUUUUGUGUGUUUUCGACGUGGUCUCCUCUAACCACGUAUACGCCAUCAAUAAUCCUGGCUCUGGGCUUCGACCGCACUGCCGCAAAUGCUCUCUCGGCGGUAGGCGCGUCCUUGGCCCUGCUGGUUGUCUUUUGCAUCGCCUACAUCAGUGACAAGACCAACAAGCGGGGACUUGCGGUGAUCCUUGGCCUGGCCUUCUAUCUCAUUUCUCUAGUCAUUGCACACUCUGUCCAACCUCAUGUGGGAAAGUGGUCAAGAUGGGGACUGUGGACUUUGGUUAACGCGUUUGCCGUGGGUUACCACCCUUCGCACAAUUCCUGGGUACAACUCAACUGCAACGACAGCGGGGAGAGAAGCAUCGCCGUUGCCAUGUGGGUCAUGUCAGCCAUCAGUGGUCUCAUGGUUGGCACGCAGUAUUUCCAAGGCGGCGAUGCUCCGAGAUACCAAACUGGAUUGCGGACCAUGAUUAUCAUGGUUUCUGUUGGCAUUGCGGCCGCGCUCAUUCAGGAGGUUAUAUAUUUCACUCACAAUAGGACUGUGAAGAGGAGCGCUCCCACGGACAGUUCGGUGGCUUAUGUUUAUGUGCUAUAG